AACCAGUUACCAGUUACCACUAAAUUGAGAGUCAAUGAAACCCCCUCUGUUUGUUACGAUAUAAAAUAGGUUAAAAUAUACAGUUCAACUAUGGUCAGAAGUAGAAUUACAUUAUAUUGAUCGUGAUUGGUUAUUUGUAUAAUUGUCAUUUAUACUGAAAUUAUUUAUUUUUAAGUUACCAUUUUGUUGCAGCAAUAAUUAAAGUUUAGGUUAUAGUAAAAUGUCUAAAGCAAACCAAGAUUGUUUGUCCAAAGAAGAUAUUGAAGAAGAGUUAAUAAACAACGAUUUAAUGGAUAGUGGUGGUGUUGAAGAUCAAGAGGAUUUAGUCCACAUGGAUUUGGGAGAAAAAAGAUACCUUCUAAGGAGUAUCAAACAGUCAAAAGAAGAUUUUCAAAAUGAGGUUCCACCAAAAUCUCCAAAUCAGUCGUUAUUGGAUAAAUCAAACUUUCCAUCUCUUCCGGUGGUUGAAAAGAACAAUACUGGUUCUUGCAAUAAGCUCAAACUGCCACGGAAGGCUGGAGUGAGUCUGGCAGCGAAAGAGUCAGCUGGAGAUAACAGCCCGGAAAGGACCAUAAAUCUAAUAGAUGAUGAGCCAGAACUAGCGAGGUUUACAUUGCCGUUUCUUGUAAAUGACGGAGCCCCCCCAUUACCUCCCUUGGACCGCCCUCUGAGACAUAUUAAAAACCCUUACUAUGUAAUGAAAGAUGAGGUCCCAGCAGUCGCACUCAAGCGUAUGCUAGCCCAUCAUGAUCGCUGGAAGCAGCAGUACCAGGCUGAGAUCAACCGGCUAGAGUCCCAUGCGCUUGGAGAGGAUGGAGAGGAAAGUGAACAGGAUGGAGAGGAAAGUGAAUCGAGAAAUUCUGCAAGAAGCUCUCCGAAGGUUGAAGAUAAGGAAAAUGAUCCAUACGACUUCAAUCCUGAAUCUCCCAUUCAUAUUACAUCCAAGAAGUACACUGGCCCUAGGAAAAGAGAGACUAAUAAAGACUCAGAUGUCACUCUUCAGCCUAACAAUCGCAAUCUUCAACCAAACAGUCGCACCCUUCAGCGGAAGGCCAGCAGGGAUUCGGACUGUGAAGAAAUUGAACCCUUACUUAAACCUGAGGAUCCUAAAAUAAGUGAUUGGAUCCCAACGACUCGUACAAGAGGUAAACGGAACAGAAAGCAGAUGUCAAAUAUUGAGAAGAAUCAGACGGAAAGCUCCACAAAUGUGGAGUUUGACUUUGAUAAAAAAUGGGAUCCCAGAUCAUCUGCAUGGCACGGCAGUCAGACUCCAGGCUCCAGUUCUCUCAACAAUCAAACACCUAACAGAAGAUCACUGCCUGGCACACCUAUGGUUGAGGAAGAAAAAGUACAAUGUCCUAUCUGUCAGCGAAACUUUGCACAAUCUAAGGUUGAGAAUCAUGCAGCAACAUGUGAAGGUUACUCAGGGUCUGGGUCACCAAUGGAUGUGGAAGAAGAGGAGAGCUAAUCCAAUGACCAGUUUCCAUCAACCUCUGAGGACUGGAAAAGUGUAGCGAAAGACUGUGGGCAAAUGGAAUUUUCCUCAUUGCCUAGGAAGUAUCGAUGGAAAACACGUUAAUAUAAUACCUCCGAAUGGAAGCGGCUCUCGAUAUUACAACUAUAAAGGUCAGCACAGUUUGGUUUUGAUGGCAAUAGUUGAUGCAAACUAUAAGUUUAUGCUAUGUGACUUUGGGACCAACGGUAGAAUCUCAGAUGGAGGAGUGCUCCAAAAUACAAGUUUCUUUGAAAAACUUGAACUACAUGAACUAAAUAUUCCGGCUGAAGAGACUGUCCGAAACGCCGCUACAGAUUGUCUUAUGUUUUUGUAGCCGAUGAUGCGUUUUCUCUGAGACAAGAUAUGUUAAAACCCUUUCGAUUAGCAGAUACAACCGCCGAUGAUAGAAAAAUAUUUAACUAUUGUACAUCAAGAGCAAGACGUAUAGUUGAGAACGCAUUUGGGAUUUUGGCAUCCCGAUUCCGUAUAUUUCAUACAGCAAUAAAUUUGGAACUGCAAAACAUUGAUUCGGUAGUCAUGGCGUGUUGUUGUUUACAUAAUUUCUUACUGCAAUAUGUGCCAAAUCGGUAUGCCCCUCCUGAAUGUUUUGAUCGUAAGAAUAGUGACGAAGGAACUGUGACUACGGGGUUUGGGACAGGUGGUUGUAUGGAACGCUUGGAACGCAGGAACUGUGGAAAUACUACGAGAACUGCUAAAGAAAUCAGAGAAGCUUUUAUGGCUUACUUCACCAACGAGGGUGCAGUUCCUUGGCAAAUAAACUACAUUAACGGAAAUCAAGAAAACUCGGAUGACUGAAAUAACAUGAACGUAUGUUUUUAUGUAAUGCUGAGUAAUACUAUUUUAUUACAUAUGUUUAAAAUCGAUACUCACAUGUGUAAUUUCUUAAAUGAUUUUGAUCUUAAAUGUUGGCAUCUAAAGUUUGUAAUUAAAAACUGAACUAACAAGUAUAA